AUAACUUAUGAAAGUAUGACUAAGGUUGUAGUUUUGAUGGCUGAUUGGGGCGAUGAUGAAGAUUUUGGUGGAUUUGAGAGUGCUGCUGUUGGAGAUAACGAUGCAGGAUUUAAUCCAACUGAUGGUGCAGAUCUGGUCUCCGAUGGAUCAAGUAGCCAAUCUUCUGUAAAGUUGAAUGUUUUAUCUCCAAAGUCUGGUUCUGGUACUUCCCAAAUACAAAUUUUAGAUUGGAUUUUGUCCAAUACUUCAAAACCUCAAUCUGAACCUGACGGUAUCAAAAGCACAAGUGAAGAAUCAAUAUUAUCAACUUCACAUGGGGAACAGUUGAAAGAUCAUUUAAAGGACUCGUCAGAAUUCGCUAAAAAUUUAGAUGGGGAGUUUUCUGUAUCUGGAGAUACCCUGCCAUUAUCUUCAAAUAAAGAUGAAAAUCUGCCUAAAUCUUCUGAAUUCAUGGAUACACAGAAAUUGGGAAAAGGAGUCACAGAUGAACCCAAAGUAGAAAAGGCAGCAGAAUAUAACUCAAGUGCCUCACAUAAAUUGCAAGCAGAGUUGGAUAAAGCUUUGAUUAUGAAAGAACAAACACAAAAGUCUCUGGAAAGUUUACAAAAAGAAAUGAGACUAUUGCAGGAAGAAAGUUCUAAGGCACUGGAAGAAAAUAAAGAAAAACAUAAAAAAGAAAUUGAUAGUAUGAAGAAACAGCAUCAAGAUGAAAUAUCAGAGUUGCAAAAUAUUUCUGAGGAGACAGUUACAUUGCUGACGAAGCAAUAUUCUGAAACUUGGAAAUUGUUUGAGAGAGAAAAGUCCAUUGAAGUUGAAACAAAUGCAAGUGCAGUUACGGACAAAUGCAUAAAUUUACUUCAACAACAGCAAGUUGCAUCAUUAAAACAUAUUGAAGACAGCAAAAUAGAACAAGAAAAUGAAUUGAAAGAGAUUUUAAAAAGGGAAAAAGAAAGUAUUGCAUCUGAUGUGGAGAAUACUAUGGAAAAAGAAAAGGAAGCUUUUCAGGAAACAAUGCGUACAAAGCUGAAAGAAAGAAUGACGGAAGAAGCCAAACAGCUACAAGAAAUUCAUGUUUCAACAUUGAAAGAAGCCUUAUCAACACAACAAGCUCAUUUUGAGGAUAUUCUUCAAUCUACUCUGAAGAGGGAAAGAGAACAUUUUGCAAAAACACUAAAAUUGGCUGUUAAAGAUGCACAAGAGAUUACGGAAAAGGCAGCAAAGGAAACUAUAAAGUUGGAGGCAAAACGUACGAAGAAUCAGACAAUGGCUGUGAAAAUGUUAUUGACAUCGGCGCUUCAACAAGUGGAACAAAAUUUUUUUAAUGAAUCUGAUAAUUUCGAUCGAACAGAAAAUGAUUCAUGAUGUAGUUGUUUCAGAUUAUAACAUAGCUGAUAUGCGUAAAUUCAUGCGCCUUUUCCAGCACCAUUUUGCUCUAUUCGUGAACGAUUUACUGCGAACUGGGCUGAGAAUUUCACAAAUAAUAAAUGAUGCCGCCUUUUUUCAGGAAUUUUGCUUUUCAUGGUUGAAUUGAAACUUUCUGUGUAAUUUGGCGAGUUAUAAUCCCAUAAAUGUUCUUGGCUUCAUCUUUAGCUAGCGAUACAAAUUCACACUUUGCUUUUUUCGUACAGCUUGAAUAGUUUAUGAAUUGUCCAUACAUGUAUAUUACAAUGACACAGACAGUAUAACUGAACAAUAUUAGUACAAUACAAAGUACACCUAAGUAAUCCCCCCCUCCUAAAAAAAAUAAAUUCACUUCACUUGUGAAACUCUUUGAAAUAUGAUUUUUGGUACUCGUCAAUAUGAUCUCGAUUAUGUGGCGCUAUUGGUCCUGUGUUUUCCUGGUUGUGACUUCUGGCCACUGCAUUUCUAAUUGAUACAGAGUCCGUAUUUUUUAUGAAUUUAUUGAGUUUCUAUUUUGUAUUCGCAAUUUAUUUAUUAAGCAAUACGAUUAUGCAAUACACGUACAAACUUUACAAUA